UUCUGAUAAUACUGAUAAUUCCUUUAAAAAUAUAUAAUAAUUCUUUGGAGUAGUGCAAGUUUUGUCCAUAAAUGCUUUCAAUUUCAAUCAGCUGUUUUAUGCCAUUUUCUAGCUUAGACUCAGUGAAAAGUAAACUAAAUUGUUUUGGACAUUUUUAUAAAAUUUGAAGAUGUUAAAAUCACCCCCGAGGUUUUACGAUAUAUGUUUAGAGGCCGCAGUUGCAGAUUCUGUACUCACUUGCAAUUUUUAUAAAAAGGAAUUCAGAGCUUUACCCAACAAUGUUUUGUUUGAUUUUUAUUACAGGAUGUUCAUUGAAAAACGUCUGUGUUUGCUAGCGGUGGAACUAAGUGAUUUGGAGGUUUUUAAUCGAAUAUUAUCAGUAAAACAUCAAAGAAUGAAAUUUCUCAAAAGUUUCCAGUCCUUAAUUGAUCACGGCACGAGCAGUACAGAAGAAUUAAUAAAGGCUUACGUCCACUAUGGUCAGAAAGCAGAUAGCAACGAUUUGAAAGUUAUAGAGACUGGUUUGAGGAUAGGUGGAUUUUUUAAUGAUGGUGGAUUAUUUGAUUGUUCCAUAGAGAUUUUGAAAAUUGCUGAAAAGUUUUGUAUGAGGAGGGAAAAAGAUGUAACAACUUUGAAACUGAUGUUGGAUUGUUACCAUAAAAAAAUUUAUGCGGAGGCGAUAUACUGUGAAUUUGAAAAGGCAGCUGAAACAUUUGCAGCUGCCAAUAAAGUUAUUGCAGAGUUAGACGAGAAGAAUGCCCUACCGAAUUUGGCUGGACUGUAUGCAAAUUUUUCAUUUUUAUUUUUUGGACGCAGCGAAUAUGAUGAGGCGUAUAAUUGGGCAAUCAAAGCAUUAAAACUAAUAAACGAUGAUUUAUCCCCAAGAAUUAUUAUAGAAGUUUUGCGCCAAGCGUCGAAAUCAUGCGUGGUGAAAAGAAAAUUCGCCCCGGCCGGGCUACUCAUCUCACAAGCUGUCAACAUGGCAUCUGAAUUAUACAAAGUCGACAGUCACCCCCACAUCUCGGAUACUCUACUCGAUUAUGGAUUUUACCUCCUGAAUUUUGACUCAAUCCAAGAGAGCGUCAAAGUUUACGAAAAGGCGUUGUUGAUACGAAAACAAGUGUUCCAGAAAAACAAUAUUCGAGUUGCUUUGGGACACGAAGAUCUGGCCUACGCUCUCUACGUUAAUGAAUACAGUUCUGGGAGAUUUUAUGAUGCUAGGGAAAACGUGGAACGAUCCAUCAGGAUUAUGGAAAGAAUCUUACCUACAGACCAUUUACUUCUGGCUUCCGUCAAACGAGUCAAAGCUCUCAUCCUCGAAGAAAUAGCGUUAGACGAAAGAAACAACAUUCAACUACAAACUCAGUAUUUUACAGAAGCACACAUUUUGCAUAAAACUGCCCUCACAUUAUCGUUCAAGGCCUUCGGAGAGAAGAAUGUUCAGACUGCCAAACACUAUGGGAAUUUGGGCAGGUUAUUUCAAAGUAUGAAGUUGUAUGACGAAGCGGAGAAGAUGCAUUUAAGGGCGAUAGCGAUUAAGGAGGAACUAUUAGGUGUAGAUGAUUAUGAGGUGGGUCUUAGCGUUGGCCAUCUCGCCUCACUUUACAACUAUCACAUGAAGCGACACAAAGACGCGGAGCAGCUGUAUCUACGUUCCAUAGAUAUAAAUCUCAAAGUUUUCGGGGAGGCCUACAGCGGCCUGGAGUACGAUUACAGGGGGUUGAUAAACAUUUACACCAAAUUACUGGACACGACUAACAUGAUUCAAUACAUGUAUAAAAUGAGGGAGUGGAAGACGUUGAGGGAACAAAUCCUUCCUGUCCAAAUCGAUUCUGAGUUAAAACCAAUUAACGAAGUAAUCGACAGCUUCAUUUCUAUGACUGAAAAUGCUAGUCUCUAAAAAAACACCCUUUUAAAGGUUUGUCUGUGUUAAUGAAGGUGCACUUCAAGGGAUAUAAAAAGUGUUUAAGCAUAAGUGGUCCAAUUACUCACGGUCUUUGCUCCAAAUUUUAAAGAACCGCUUGGAUUGACAUGAAGUUUGGCAAACACAUAGCUAACGUGUCAAAGAAAAAAAUGAUAGUGUGCCGAUGUGUGCUUUUGCCAUUGGGGGUGAGUUUCACCCCUUUUCGUUGGUGAAAACAUAUACGUUCAAAAUAAUAAUACGUCCGGAAGUGGAUAAACUGACUAAUUCUAAGCAACUUUUUUCUAUAGCGUUUUCACUAAUUAAAUACUUUUCGAGUUACUUGCGAGUGAAUAUGUUCAUUUUCCAACAAAAAAAACCUCGUUGAUAGACGGUUUUUCGCAAAUAAUGGUGUCGCAAAUGGUAUGUGUAUGAGGUCUUUACACCCAUUAGAAGCAGAGUUGUAGCUAAUGAAAAAUAGGUCCAUAUUCGUCAAAUUGCAAAUCGAAUAUUUCAAUGUGAAAUAACCAAAAAAUUAAGCAAUUUUUGUUUUUAAAAAAAGUUUUUAGCGUCAAAAGUAAGCAAGUUACGCUCAAAAUAAAGUUGGUCCCUUUUUUUGUUAAAAAAAAAAUCAGGAAAAUCUACUUCUAAUUAGCAUCUUAAAUGAAAUUAAUCGUUACCCUUUCACAAGUUGCUUUACUUAUGUAUAUUAGUAAUACCAAAAAUCUCAAAGAGUAAAAAAAAUGUAGGUUUAGCUUUUCUGAAUAAUAAUAUACGUUUAUUCAAAUCAAUAGUUAUUACAAUAAUUUACAAUUUCAGUUUACUUACAAUAAAAUAAACGUAAAAAGUCUUAAAAGUAUAAACAUGCUUGUUGACUUAAUCUGUCUAAUAUUGACACGUUUAUGUUUAUUGUUUUUUUUUACAAAUCAUUAUUUUAUUUUUACAGUUUCUAAUCUAAUUUCUAUGUUUUUUUUUAUCUAGUAUAAUUUAAAUUUAUUAAAUUGUUACACAACUCCCUUUUUUCUUUUACCCAAGCAGUAACUAAUUUUUUAUACAAAUAAAAUUUUUUGAUAUUUUUAAAAUUAAUGGGCAAUUGAUUGUAUAUUCUUGGAGCAAAAUAUGUAAUUGACCGUUGCGUGAUUGUUUUUAAAGUGUGCAGACAUUCGAAAUUCAAUUUUCUUCUUGUUUCAUAAUUUGACACUUUUACUUUAUGAGGAAUUUUAUCUUUAUGAAUAUCUUGGAUGUUUUGUUUUUCUGCAAGACAAAAAUUGGUUAGAUAUGACUGUUCAAAGUUUGCAUACACUCGUGAUUAGUGACUCGUUCAAGCCCUUUCAACUACAGACCUUUCAAAAAUAAGCACUUUGAACCUAUGAAACUUACAGAUUUGAUAAUAUAAACACUAGAUACACAAGUAUAGCAACUUGUGAAGCGGUAACAAUUAAUUUCAUUUGGGAUGUUAAUUAGGGACGUUGAAAUAUUAGAUUAGGAAUUUGACGAAUAUGAGCCUAUUUUUCAUGGCCUACAACUCUGCUUCUACUGGGAUUAGAGACCUCAUACAUACACCAUUUUUUCACUUUCUUAUAAGCUAUAUUUUUGUUACGAAUGUUUUUUCGAUAAAAUACUUACUUUUAGAGUUAUUUGCGAAAAACCGUCUAAAAACGUGGGUUUUUUGUUGAAAAAUGAACAUAUUCACUCGAAAAUACCUCAAAAAUUUUCAUCUUAUGAAAAAACGCUAAAGAGCAAAAGUUCCUUAAAAUUGGUCAGUUUAUCCAUAUCUGGGCUUAUUUUGAACGUAUAUUUUUUCACCCCCGAGAAGGGGUAAAAGUCACCCCCAAGGCAAAAGAACACAUCGGCACGAUAUCACUUUUUACUUUGACAUGUUAGCUAUGUGUAUGCCAAAUUUCAUGUCAAUCCGAGCGGUUUUUUAAAAUUUGGAGGUUUUGAAAUAUUUUACCGUGAGUGAAUGGACUAAAGGUAUUUUCCUUGUAAAACCGCGUUUUCCUUUUCUGUUUUUUUUUAUUUUUGUACUCGUUUUUCUUCCUCAUCACUCAACGUAAUAAACCCUGGUUGUCUUCCAAAGAUGAUUGAUGGUGAUAAGAAAUAAAAAGAUGUAGGUAUCUAUAAGAAACGAGCUUUUUUAUCCCUUGAACUACCAAAAAAUUCUCAUCUAUCUCUAGUCUUCUGUUUUAUUCGAAGGUGCUUGCUUCGCGGCGUUUUGUUAUUUUGGAUUUUUAACGAUUAAAAAACUUUUAUACGAUG